AUGGCCGAGGAAUUCGAGCUCAAUGCGCUGACCCCGUUGGACGGGCGCUACGCGUCCCGCGUGGCGCCCGUGCGCGCCUAUUUCAGCGAGGCCGCUCUGAUCAAGUACCGCGUGCGCGUCGAGGUCGAGUACCUCGUGGCGCUGAGCGGCGCCGUGCCGGCGCUCGCGGACGUCUUCGCCGGCGGCAACCUGGCCAAGUGGCGCGGCGUCGCGGCCCAGUUCGGGUCCGCCGACGCCGCGCGGUGCAAGGCCAUCGAGCGGACGACGAACCACGACGUCAAGGCGGUCGAGUACUACCUCAAGGAGCGCUGGGACGCGCUGGGCCUGCCGGCCGUGGGCAAGGAGUUCAUCCACUUCGGGCUGACGAGCCAGGACGUGAACCACACGGCCCAGCCCCUCAUGCUCGCGGAGUGCGCGCGCGACGCCUUGGUGCCGCGGUUCGAGGAGCUCGUCGCCGCGCUCAAGGCGCGGGCCUGGGAGUGGCGCGACCUGUCCAUGCUCGCGCGGACCCACGGCCAGUCGGCGUCGCCGACGCGCCUCGGCAAGGAGUUCGCCGUCUUCGCGACGCGCCUCGAGAAGUGCGUCGCCGUCCUCAAGGCCUGCGACCACGGCGCGAAGUUCGGCGGCGCGACGGGCGGCUUCAACGCCCACUGCGUCGCCUUCCCGGGCCGCGACUGGCCCGCCUUCGGCGACGCCUUCGUGAACGACGUCUCCGGCGGCCUGCUCCGGCGGCAGAAGCACACGACGCAGAUCGAGCACUACGACGAUCUGGCCGCCUUCUGCGCGUUCUCGCGGCGCCACGCGCUCUGCCGCUGCAACACGGUCGUGCUCGACCUCUGCCGCGACUGCUGGCAGUACGUGUCGCUCGCGUACUUCACGCAGCAGCUCAAGGCCGGCGAGGUCGGCUCGUCGGCCAUGCCCCACAAGGUGAACCCCAUCGACUUCGAGAACGCCGAGGGCAACCUGGGCAUCGCGAGCGCGAAUCUGGUUCACCUCGCGGCGAAGCUCCCCGUGUCGCGGCUCCAGCGCGACCUCAGCGACUCGACGGCGCUCCGGGCGCUGGGCGUGCCCCUGGGCCACGCCUACCUCGCCCUCGGCUCCUGCCUCAAGGGCCUGGGCAAGCUCCGCGUCGCCGAGGCGAACCUCUCCGCGGACCUCGACGCGAACUGGGCCGUCGUCGCGGAGGGCAUCCAGACGGUCCUCCGCCGCGAGGCCUACCCGAACCCCUACGAGGCCCUCAAGGCCCUCACGCGCACGGGCAAGCCCGCGUCCAAGGACGACAUCCGCGCCUUCGUCGACGCGCUCGACGUGCCCGACGCCGUCAAGGCCGAGCUCCGCGCGAUCACGCCCCACUCCUACGUCGGCGCCUUCGACGCGUCCGAGUUCGAGCCCACGGCCUGA